GGACUUCACGCGCACGGCCUUAGUUUCGUACCAGAGUUUGGUUAUCGAAUACGCGGCCUGCUCAACGACAUAGCUGAUGUUGAUAUUCAACAAAAGUUAAAGUGUUAGAGAAUUAUUGAUAGUGCAAACACAGCAACUCUCCUCCCCGCUACAAGUACAACCUUUUGAGCAGUUUACAAACCUGACCGCGCACAUAGUACAAAUCCUUCGUAAAGAAAAGAGUCACUUCGUGUGAUGACCUCAACAAAGACAAAGAAAGAGGACGAAUACUUGGAAGAAAAAGCACUAGAAAUAAAAUAAGUGGAAAAAAAGCAAAUUGAAAUUUCAUUUCUUUUUACUGCCUUUGGUGCUAGUCGACCUACAGUACACGCACUCUACUUCCGCUAACAAGUACACUUACCCUGAAAUGAAAAAGCACUUACCCGUUCGGAAAGAAAACGAUCAGGACAAUAAUUCUAGCUCUACUACCAAUCGAAGUAGAGCAGGAGCUAGUACCACGACAAGAAAGAGUACUAGUUGUAACUACGGAAGUAGUAGCAGCAUCAUGCAACCCGCCGGUGGGCGCCGCGAGCGGAAGCGGCUCGAGAAGGAGCUGGCGGAUAUGCGGGAAAAAAACAAGGCGGGCGGAGGCGUGGUCGCGGACGCGAUUGGUGAGAACAUCCAAAUUUGGGAAGGGGUGAUUCAGGGACCGGAGGACACGCCCUACUUCGGCGGGGUAUACAAAAUCCAGAUCGAGAUUCCCGACGACUACCCCUACAAUCCACCAAAAAUGAAGUUCGUCACCAAAAUAUGGCACCCGAAUAUCAGGUACGGAAAAAUAAAGCCGUUUUUGUUCAUAUUCCGGCACGAUGUGGUUCAAAAUGAAAUUGCAAAUAAGUGGGUGUUUUUCAUUUUCUUGUUCUUGAUACUAGUGAAGAUUGUCGCACACGACAAGAAGUUCAACACCAGAAGAUACAAAACUAAAAAUACUUUCAUAUUCCAGCUCCCAAACCGGUGCAAUCUGCCUGGACGUUUUGGGCAAAGAGUGGAGUCCGGCUUUGUCAAUACGGACCGCGUUGCUGUCCAUCCAGGCACUCUUGUCCGCCGCAGAACCGGACGACCCCCAGGACGCCGAGGUGGCGAAAAUGUACAAGAGCAACCGGACACAGUUCAACGAAACGGCAAAAUACUGGUGCGAAACGUAUGCGCAGGAGAACGCGAACGCGAAGGAAUCCAGCUACGCAAAUCCGCACCAACCAAAAAUCGACCAGAUCAUGGAGAUACGGAGUGAGCAAAAGUAUCGUACGACUACGUAUGUAAAAAAGUUCCUCAGGCCCAAAAAUGCAAUGAUAGGCGCUAGGCCUGUAUAAUAUCGUGCAUGUCUGCAAUAGCAAUUAGUUUGAGUACGAGCUAGUGCGAUACUUUUGCACAGGAUAGGAGAUGGGAUUUUCCGAAGAGCAGGCAAAAACGGCCCUAGCGAACAACGGGAUGAAAUUAGAAGAGGCGGUACAGAGUUUGCUUUCCUAAAUGUAGAAGCUCGCCGCUGGUCGUGGGAUAGGUACAACGCGGGAUUCGUAUUAUAACGGUUUCCGAACAAGAGUUAGAGGUUUACUGGUUUUGUAUUUUCGACGACUUUAAUGUAGUGCGCGUGCGCCUUCUUUAUCUUCUUUCUUUUGGAAAUGUAGAGGGAGUGUAGCUUUAUUGUCUGACGGGACAAAUUUCUGAAAGAUGAUCCGGUAUCUCCAAUGAAGACAGACGCUUUGCCGUCGCGAAAUUACCAGUGGUUGGCGUGGUUUACUCUGUACGUUUUUAAUCGAGCUUUCUCAGGCGGCCCCGAAUAUACCAACACGACUCAAAAAAGAACCUGUACUCGUCAUCACCGAUGAUACUGACUCUCAGCAUUUUAUUGUCUUGAGGUGAAACUAUCCCUGAAACGAGCGACUUUGAUGAACCCCCGCGACCAUAGUGAUCUGGCGAUGAACUCCCGACCGCUAGUCCGAAGUUUAUGGCAAGCAACAAGCACAGAAAUUCUAAAGCAACUUUUGAAAUAAAAAAUCACGGCCACACGGUAUCUUAGCUGUGGUGCGGAAAUUUUGUGAAAGAAAAGGUUUUGUUUUCAU